AUGGAGAAACUUGGAGACAAAAUGCUCAAUACACAAAGAGUGAAGAUAAGUGGGGAUGGAGCAAAAAUGUCCAGAAUUACUAAUUUUGUUGUUCUGUCAUUUUCGCUAUUAUCUGAAGGAGAAAAGGUCAUGUCGACAAAGGGUAAGUAUAGACAUGUAAAUUAUAUAUAUUUGAUAUUUGAAACUUGGACACACCAUUUGUAUAUAUUCAUUUGUAUAUGUUUCAAUGAAUUAUUAAGGUAUUCACACAGUUGCAAUUCUCAAUGGUAAAGAGGACUAUGGUGUGCUGCAAACUGCUGGUAAAAAUCUUUUCAAGGAAAUUAAUGAUCUGAUUGCAACCAGAGAAAUAAUUGUUGAUGGCAAGAAGAUCAAUCUUGAAUUUUACCUUGGAGGGGAUUAUAAGGUUUAUUACCACAUAAUGAUUUAAUAGUACAUUGAAACACCAGCUACUGUACAUGCAUGUAUUAAAUAAAAGAUUUCCUUUUCUAUGGUAAUGUGAAAAUUCUCUGCAUGACCGAUAUAACACAGCCUGUACUGUAUGGUUAAUUAACCAUGCAUAACAGCUUUAAAAAAAUUUUGAUUCUUAUAAUUAUUAUAACAACAUAUUUGUAUUAUAUUUUAGUUUCUUCUUACCUUAUUGGGGAUGAAUGCUGCCAAUUCAAAUUAUGCUUGCAUAUAUUGUAAAGUUGCCUCUUCUGAAAGGUACCAGUUUACUGAAGUUUCUCUCUGCAUUAUGUCUAUGCAAGUUGCAUAGACAUUAAACCUGUACCCAUAUUCACAUAAUCAGAUGAAAUAUAAUUAUAUUCUUUUAAUAUUAGCCUUAAACGUGUGGAUUAACUAAUCAUUAAAGUAAUCACAUACACCAGGAAGUGAAUUGAUUUUUGCAGAAAUUCCUGGAAGCGAUUUGAAUUUUACAGAAAUUCCUGGAAGUGAAUUGAAUUUUACAGAAAUUCCUGGAAAAAUUCAACUAUUCCUAGAUAUACUGUAAUCACACAAUUAAACUCUUCAACUUAUUUUUGUUUGAAAUGUUCCUUUUUCAAGAUGGGAUAUGUCGAAAGCAAAAGAUUUUUAUUGGUCGGAUGAAAUGGUCAGGACAACUGAAGAAAUACAGGAGUGUUCACUGCAAACCGGUGGAGACAAAUUUGGCUGUAUUCACCCUCCACUAAUCAGAAUCCCACUAUGCAAUGUUGUUCCUGAUGAAUUACAUCUAAUGCUCAGAAUAACAGGUAUUAUAAUUAUUAAUUGUACUGUAUUUUCAUGUUUUCAUUGGCUAAAAGCCUACAAAUAGUUUUAGGUAUUUGUAGGUGCCCACACUAUUUUCAGUGGAAACAGUAAUAUGUAGAGGUUAUUGGACAGAGCCCAUAUAUUUCAGCGGUGCUUUGUGUGAAAGUACAAAUUGGUGUGAAAUUUUGUUAAAAGUUAUUGAAUUAAUGAAUUGUAAUUUUGUUUUAAUUUUUGUUUGUUUUAUUUGUUACUGUUACAGAAUGAAUAAGAAGCCAAUUGUUAGAUUUGGCUUGUACGCAGGAUAUGCAGAAUGAUUCAGACCAGGUCAAUGUUAUCUGCCUCAGCCUUCGGCAGAUAACAUUAACAUCGGUCUGAAUAAUUCUGGUUACCCUGCUCAAACUCAUCCAAUAAUUGUUAAUAAUAUGCUAUAUAUAAGGAAUGCUUGCAUGUCAUUGAUUUUACACACCCUAUGAUCAAUUUAGAUGAUUUAAUAUUUCAAUUUUCCACAUAUAAGAAUUUUUUAUGCUGUGAACAAAAUUAUGUGUGACAAAGUCUACAUUAUAAAUAUCUAAUAAAAUACACAGUACAGAAUAUAAUUAAUUUUAUAUAUUAUAGACAAACUUGAAAAAAACCUCAUUCAUAGUGUUUUAAGAAGAGAUAAACUGGCAGAGAGGGGCAAUCAAAGGAUUGAGAAGAAUGUUUAUCAGCAUAAGCUUCUUCAAGCUAUGAAGAAAUGUGGGGUCACAUUCAGUAUAUGGAACAAGCCAGAUGAGAAUGGGAACCUCACUGAUAAAUAUGACUGGACCAGCCUAAUGGGGGCUGAUAAAAAAACCCUCCUUUACAACCUUCCUGACUCAUUUGCAGAAUUUGUUUCCCCAGAUAACCUUGAAACUGUGACUAAAAUUUGGAAGGUAAUUAUAUUAGGUUUAAUUAGGUUAGGUUUUAGAUUACGAGGAACAAUACUAACAAUAUACCCUCAAGCUGUACAAGCUAAAACUUAAAUUAUAUUCAAAUCAAAAGGAAUAAAGAGGCUACCUAUCUAUGAAACAAUUACCCUAUAAUUAGCUUGCUUCUGUGGCUGUAUUAGUACAAUCACUAAGUUGAUCAAUUAGAGCAAUGUACAGUAAUGAAAUACAGUCUGUCUACAGAAAGGUGAAAACCAGUGACAAAUUUUAGAACUGGACAACUAUAGCCACAGUGGCUGUUAUAUUUUCAGGAUUUCCAGGAAGUGUAUGGUAUUGUGAACUCUUGGAACCCUUCUGAGGAAAACGUUGAACAGUUUUUUUCAAAGGUGAGAAUUCAACUUAAUUAACCCUUUAAGUGGCAAUGCACCCUGAUGCACCCUACUUUAUUAUUUUACUCUGUCUAAUGCCAUACAAUUUUACUUGCCAAGGGGAGAGUGCUGCCGCUCAAUGGGUUAAUGAUAAAAUUCUCAUUGAAAAUUUUUAUUCCUACCAUCCUUACAUAUACAUGUACUGUUCUAUAUCUUGUAGGCAACAGAAUGGCUAAAGCUUUUUUUAACACUUGGUGGUAUUGAAGAUGGCUAUAAAAAAGCAAAUGUCACUCCAUAUAUGCACAUCUUGUGCUAUCAUGUGCCAUUCUUUUUGGCUACAAGUGGUGUAAAAUGUUUUACUGGACAAGGAGUUGAGAAAGUAAAUGAUGUCAUUCGGAGACUUUACCACCAAAAAAGCAACAAGUAUGAUGCCUGUACAGAUGGACUUCAAGCUGUAAAAAGACUUGAUGACCUACAAGACUUUGACCGAAAACCCAGAAGUUACAAGCAACAGGAUGCUUCAUACUGGAAUAGUGGAAUAAUAGAAGAGAGGCAAAAACGACCACGGCUUAGUGUUACCCCACUGGAUGAUGAUGAGGAGAAUGUUGACAACAUGAAUGAGGCAGAAGUUAAAGCGAAACUAAAAGAGAUGGGUGUUAAAACUCGUGUUAAGAAUGCAGAAAAACUUAGACAACUUUUAAAGGAUGUUAUCUUCGCUGCAUCCUAA